AUGACAAAGAACGCGGGCCUCAUGAAACAAGUGAUGUACUAUCAUUUCGUCACAGGUUCUAACGGCGCCAAGGCCGUCUACCCCACCUGGUCCCUCAAGGCCGGCACCACCCUGGACACUAUGUACAUGUCCAGCACCACCAAGAAGCACUACCAGCUGUUUGUGGGCUCAGCGGUGGGCACCAAGGUGCUCAUCAAGUCGGCCGGCACCAGCGCCUAUACCUACAUGCCAAACAUCAAGUGCGGCGCUGGUGUUGCCCACGGCAUCGACAACCUCCUGCUGCCCAUGGCUUUGACAACUAUUGCCAAGUACAUUUAA